UCUGGCAGGAGUUGGGGAUAAAAUUGAGCCCGUGGCACAAUGGGGAGAUAGAGCUUCCAGCAGCGCUAUGUUGGGCCGCAGCAUCCGGAGGUUCACAACCUCUGUGGUCCGUAGGAGCGACUAUGAGGAGGGCCCUGGGAAGAAUUUGCCAUUUUCAGUGGAAAACAAGUGGGCGUUACUAGUUAAGAUGUGUUUGUACUUUGGAUCUGCAUUUGCUGCACCGUUCCUUAUAGCAAGACACCAACUGCUUAAAUCAUAAGGAUGUUUCAGUUCGUCCAUUUAACAGAUAUGAAGAA